AUGUUGGAGUCAGCCGCUUCGUCCUCCCUCACUUCUGUCGCUUCUACUCCUGCAGUGCGCAUGCUCACCGCGCCCCCCGACCCAGCUUCUUCCUCUCCCUCGUCUUCUUCCUCGUCUUCUUCCUCGUCUUCUUCCUCGUCUUCCUACUCUCCUGCGUCCAUUCCUUCUUUUUCUUCAGUUCCUGCUGGCGAUGGCGCGGCGGUGGUCUCGCCGUGGGUGCGGGCGAUGGGCGACGGCCCUGUGAUCACGCAGACGAAUCCAUAUCUGUAUGGCGUGACGAAUCCAGUCAACAUGAAGUUGCCGCAGGACGCAGACAUUCAGCGCAGCAACGAGUUGAUCAGCGUGCUGCGUGCGCUGGAUCUCUACGAGACGGCAGCGGGCAAUCUGCAGCGGGAGCGAGUGCUCAACGAGCUCAAUCGCAUUGUAAUUGAGUGGAUUGUGGAAGUUGGCAUGGAGCAGGGGCUGGAUGAGCGCGAGGCGCGGCAGGCAGGCGGGAAAAUCUUCACCUUUGGCAGCUACCGACUGGGGGUCACAACGCCAGGCAGCGACAUCGACACGCUCUGUGUAACGCCGCGGCAUGUGACUCGCGAGGCGUUUUUCAAGAUAUUGCAUGCGAAGCUGCAGCAGGAUCCGCGGGUGCGGAAGCUGACGCCGGUCCCGGACGCGUACACGCCGGUGCUCAAGUUCAGCUUCGACGGCGUGGAGAUCGAUUUGCUUUUCGCGCGGCUUCCGCUGCCGGCGAUUCCCAGCUCCUGGAACUCGCUGGAGAACGACCUGGUGCUGCGCCACGUCGACGAGAAGACGGCGCGCAGUGUGAACGGCUCGCGCGUCGCAGACUUGAUCCUCAAGCUCGUGCCCAACCGCGAGACCUUCAAAGUCACGCUGCGCUUCGUCAAGCACUGGGCGAAGUCGCGCGGAAUCUACAGCAACGUGCUCGGCUACCUCGGCGGCAUCAGUUGGUCUAUCCUCGUCGCGCGCUGCUGCCAACUGUACCCAAACUUCGCCCCGAGCCAACUCGCUCACCGCUUCUUCACUGUCUACAGCAUCUGGAACUGGCGCAGCAGCCCCGUGCUCCUGUGCAAAAUCAGGGACCAACCUGCGGUCGACGGACUCUCUAACUUCAAAGUCUGGAACCCGAAAGUAAACGCCCAGGACCGGCACCACCUGCUGCCGAUCAUCACGCCGGCCUUCCCGGCGAUGAACAGCACCCACAACGUGAGCCUGUCGACUAAGCGCGUGAUUACAGACGAGUUCGCGAGCGCGAAGAAGAUUUUCGACUUGUGGGACAAGAAGAAGGAGAUCUCCUGGACGGAGGCGCUUCACUUGGUGCUCAAGCCGCUGGACAUCGCCUCCUUCAAACACUUUCUCGAACUGCAAAUCUUUGCACAAAACGAAACGAUUCAUCGGAAGUGGCUCGGCUGGGUGGAGUCCAAAGUCCGCUUCCUCGUGAGACAACUCGAGCGGCUCGCCUUGGGGCCCGCGUUCGCGGGCGCAGGCGGCGCGUGCCCUAAGGGCGAGGCCGCGAUGACGAUCCGCCCUAUUCCCUGUUUCUUUCCCUUCGAGGAGCCUGGCUGGCAGUUCGCCUCCGCUCUGCUCGUGGCGCUUAACUUUGCGCAGCAGCCAUGCGUCAUCGACCUCCGGCCUGCAGCCGCGGAGUUCGUCGACCUCAUCAACCAGUGGCCCGAGCGAGCGCAGCUCGAGGGACAGAUUCAGCUGCGUGUGAAGCACGUGCGGCGCUCCCAGCUGCCGGCGUAUGUUUUGAAGAAGACGAGCGGUGCGCCCGCCGCGCCGCGGCCUCCGGGAUCUCUCCCCGGGUUGCCUGACGGCGCGGCGGCGGAAGAGAGAAAGCGCGAGCGCAACGAGACCGCCGCGGCGCCUGCGAGUGAAGACGAGCAACAGGCGAAGCGCGCCUGCGUGCAGCAGGACGGCGGAUACGCACAGCAGAGGCCGGUCUCAACCGAGCCGAGAGCCAAGCGCCCGGGUGAAGGGUCACCUGUGGCGGCGUGA